AAACAUAUGGGGUAGUCCCAUAUGUUUAUCAACAAUGGACAGUUCUGAAAAUUAAAUAAAUAGCGUGUUAUCAGAAAUGGAUAGUGAACAGGCGCAGGAAGGGCAUAGAACGUUUCUAAUCGUUAACAAUUUUAUCAGAUAUUGCGAAAAUAAAAAAGGUCUCACAAAAUUGUUUAUUAAAAGUCAUAUAGUGUAGUAAUUUCGCACAGUUGACUUUAAGUUUUUGAGGUCGUCUUUUCAAUAAUGACAGUGGAGAGCGAGCAAGAGGAUACUGUUGAUCAUAAAUGGAAUCAAGAAACUUCUGGACAUCAUGAUGGUUUCUACAGUAGUGCUAAAAGCUAUAAAGAUGUGUUUAGUUUUAGCUAUAAAGAUUUGUUAGGAAGUCGAGCUGAUGGAGAAAAGGACGAAGAAGGAGAACCGAUAAAAAGAAAAAAUACGACGAAAGAAUGGUUAACACUCAUCACUUUAGCCUUUGCAAAUUUCAGUGUCGGUGCUUGUGUAUCAUUACAAGCACCGUUCUUCCCAAAAGAGGCUGAAAUGAAAGGUGCAACCCCCACGCAGUAUGGUAUGAUAUUUGGUGUAUACCAACUUACUAUGUUUAUAUUUUCUCCGCUUUGUGGAAAAUUGAUGGGUUAUUUCACUCCUAAAUUCAUGUUAAAUGCAGGAAUGUUUAUAGUUGGUGCAGCAACUAUUUUGUUUGGUAUCUUAGAUUUGAGUCCACCUGGUACCCCUUUUAUAGCUCUUGCCUUCGCUGUAAGAAUAGCAGAAGGGUUUGGAUCGGCUUUUGUUAAAACUUCCAUCUACACUAUCAUUGCUGCUGAAUUUCAUGAAAGAGUAGCAACUAUUUAUUCUGGUCUUGAAACUUUCCUUGGAUUAGGAUUAAUAGCUGGACCAACGCUUGGAGGUGCCUUAUACGAUCUUGGAGGAUUUGAAUUACCUUUUAUAUCAAUUGGUGUCCUCAUUCUUAUUGAUGUUGUUAUAAUGUAUAUCAUUCUUCCAAAUCCAGGUACGUUAAAAUUGAAAGGAGGAAAUUUAUUAAAGUUUUGGGCAAAUCCUACUACGAUAUUAUUCGCAAGUCUUGUAUUUACUACAUUUAACUGUAUUGGAUAUAAUCAAUCCACACUAGAACCUCAUCUCAGAGAUUUCCAACUGUCUGGAGUUGCAGUAGGAUCUAUCUUCGUUAUAUCUGGUGGCAUUUAUAGCAUAACAGCACCUGGAUGGGGUUGGUUAUGUGAUCGUGGCUUUAAUAAUAAACUCUUGGCUAUCGUCGGUUGUGCAUUGAUGGGUACUUGUUACGUACUUAUUGGUCCUGCCCCUUUUAUACCUCUUGAUACAUCUAUUGCACUAGUGUGUGUUUCGCUGAUGUUUUUCGGUCUCGGAACUGGAGGAAAAUUAGUUAGUGCUUUCCUUGGUGUUUUGCAUCAUACAGUAAUAAAUCGAGGAUUUCCUACUGACGUUACGACUUAUGGUUUGGUAUCAUCAAUGGUUGCAUCAUCUCAAUCUUUAGGAGCUUUUAUUGGCCCAUCCCUUGGAGGUUAUUUACUACAAACUGUUGGAUAUAAACCGGGAACACUGGUCCUUGUUGCUGUAGAAAUUCUACUGAUAAUAAUUCUUUCAUCAGUUUUAUCAUAUCAAAAAUGCAAUAAACAUAAAGAGGAUGGUUCUGAGGAAGAAAAGAAAUGUAUAAUUGAGAAAAAUGGAGAACCAUGAGAUCUGUUUCUAUUUAUUUACUAAAUUUAUUAUAGAAAAAACCGAAUUUUUUUAUUAUGUAUAUAACUGUGAUGUAUUUUUGGAGUCUUCUGACAUUCUCAAAAUAAUAAACUGAUUUAAAGUGAAAUAUACUAAAAUAUAAUACAAUUAUA